AUGAAACUGACGCGUGUGGCAUAUAUCUCGGCCCCUUUUGGCCCGAUGGUCGAAAAAUAUGGCGAGGCGGCUGCCUGGGAGAGACUGGACCGUAUUCCUGAUAUUCAUCUAGGUAAGCCUGCGGACGCUAGUCAGAUACCCUUGAAUGAGAGCCUGUACCUGAGUGUUACUGAUCCUAAGUUCUACGACGGCUCCUCCAACCCUCCCAGCGACAGACCCCCGGUCACAUACACGGAGAACCAUAAG